CAUGCGCUUUACUGACUUCCGGUGUAAAGAAAAUGGAUGUUGAUUAACAGAUGAAACUGUUUAUGUUUAUUUGACUCUACAAUUUGUUGCUUGCAUCCUUGAAUUUGCAGAAGUAAUCGAAUGCCUAGACCAUCAUGUGAUUUCUGUAAAAUGUCAUGUACACGAAGAAGUCAUGUCCUCUUUGGAAAGUUCACCUAGCAAUAGUCUGAACAGAUCUGUUACUGGGCUGGGAUCUCCUUCUCCAAAAUCAUAUGACUAUUUACUUAAGUUUCUGUUAGUUGGAGACAGUGACGUAGGAAAAGAAGAAUUAAUUACCGGGUUAGAUGAUGGUGCUACUGAAUCUCCAUAUGGUGUUUCAACUUGUGGUAUAGAUUACAAGACAACCACAAUACUUCUAGAUGGCAAGAGAGUAAAAUUACAGCUAUGGGAUACUUCAGGCCAAGGAAGGUUCUGUACAAUAUUUAGGUCAUAUUCCAGAGGAGCCCAGGGUAUCCUGUUGGUAUAUGACAUAACAAACAAAUGGUCAUUUGAUGGAAUUGACCGCUGGAUAAAAGAGGUCAAUGAGCAUGCACCUGGAGUACCUAAAAUCUUAGUUGGAAAUCGUUUACAUCUGGCCUACAAGAGACAAGUUAGUGAGGCAGCUGCUGAGGCCUAUGCCCUGAGAAAUGAUAUGGCAUUCUUUGAAGUCAGUCCACUCUGUGAUUUUAAUGUGACAGAAUCUUACGCUGAAUUAUCCAGGCUGGCAUUGAAAAGAAAUGGUGUCAGUAGAUCAUGGGGGCAUAACAAAGUGCUGAGUUUACAGGAGUUAGCCUGUCACACGAUUGUUUCCAGUACGACUAUAUAUGGCAUAGACAAUCUUCCUUUACCACAGACUCUCAAAUCUCACCUCAAGUCUUAUGCAUUGACAAACAAGACUCGUGCACGCAUGCUGAGUUUUAUACACAGAGACAAGAGCAAGAAACCAAAAUACUUAAAUCCCAGCGACUCUCCACCUAUGAACUGUCGCAAAAGUUGUUGUAUUAGCUAGCAAUUCAGGAUGGUUGUUAUUUAAAUGAUGAUGACUAGAGAAGAAAAUCCAAGUGCAGUGUGUGAGGGCAGUGUUUUGUAUUUAAUAGAAGGGAGCUCGAGUUAGUUGUGUUGUUGAAGUUUACUGGGUUUUAGUUUUCCAUGGGAAUAUUAUCACUUGCUAACAUGUCUCAUAAUCUUUAUGAUUUAUGAUGAUAUUGAAAGAUAUUUGUAGGUGGGUUUUUUCACAGUGAGAAAUUAUUGUUUUGACACUCAAAACAUAACAAUAUUUUAAUGACCAAGAUAUAAAAAUUUGCAAAAAAUGUAAUUAUCUACUUCCUUAGCUUAUUUUUUCAUCACAAAAAUUUAAUUUACACUAUAUUUUUGGUCUUUUUAUAGUGCACAUAAAUUUUUAAGGAAAUAUAGGUAUCAUAUAAAACUAAUAAAAGCGAAGUUGUAAUUUCAGAAUGAACAAUGUAAUCAUGUUAAUGACAUGAAUGAGACAGAAAAACAUAAGAAUAUCAAGUGUUUUUGUUUCCAUGGUUUAUUUCAACUGAGUGUAUCUUGUUUUACGAUCUUUGUAUAUGUUUGAAUGAUGUUUAGGGAUGUUUGUACAGUUAUUGAUUGUAUAUUAGUUUUGAUAUUGGUGCAAUUGUAGGUGAAAUAAUAUUAUUGUAUGCUAUCAUGUUAAUCAGUAUACAUCUGAUUACAUUCAGAUUAUUCAGAUCUGUGUUUAAAGGACAACAUCACCCACCCUCCACUCCACUCGAAAUAAUGAAAUAAUUUUACAUGAUAUAGAAGGUGUUUGUUUCACAGAUUUUACUACAUUUAAACAAUUGAAAGUGUCACGUUAAAAAACUACAAUUAGUGCUAUAAUCUCCGUCAAAUAGUUUUAUUGUGUGAUUUGUUUCAUGUCUGUAAAUAAGACAAAAAUGUCAAACAGCUGAUCAUGAGUGACAAUUUUCUGGUGCCCUUGUAAAUUAGGAAAUAUUUCUUUAAAGAUGUACCUGUACUUUAUUAUAGUGUGAACAAAAGAUGAUAAACAUUAUCUUCAUGGGAAAAAACAGAUUUGGGAAAUGUAUAUUGAGUGAAGUUAUUGGGAGUUAUUGAUGUUGUUAUAUAUAAUACUUUUUUGGUCUAUAACAAAUAUUCUGAAAGCAAUUACAUUUGAAUGGCAUGAAAAAAGAAAUAACAUGCACUUUUAAAAAAAUGCAAAUGUUUUAGAAACGAUUUAUAAAAUAAGUUGCAUGUAGUUUUACAAAAGAAUUAAUUUGUAGCAUCUUCAGAGAAAAAGUAUAAAAAAACUUCUUUUUUUUAAACAAGGUCUCUUACUUGUAAAUGAAGUUAUAAGUUUUUCACUAUUUCUGUUUGAAAUAAGUAUGUGCCAUAACUACAUGAGAGUUGUAUUUAUUUAAAACGAAAGGUUACCUGGUUGUACAGCAAUAUAAUUUCUGUUAAAAAAAUUUACUAUAUGAUCAGGGAUUGACUGUUUAUAUCUAUACCAAUGUAAUUUGGUUUGUUGAUAAAUAAAGAUAUAGAACUGUUUAGAGAUAAUUAACUCAUAGUUUUUUAUAUGUUUUUUGUUGUAUGUAUAUUUUGUACCACAUAACAUACAGUAUCGAAGUUUAUAUUUUUUGUACAGAGAAAAGACAUUUGUACAUAUAGAAUUUAAUGUUGUAUUUAUUAUCAAUCUGAAGGAAAUACAGAUCAUGUGUCCAGGAUUAGCUUACACGGAUCUGACAAUAUUCCAUUCUACUUCCUGUUUUAAAGACCAUUCAGGAUUUUCUGGUUUUGUUCAAAUGAUGUGAUAAUGAAAAUGAUUGGCUGAUGUGAUGAUGAAAAUGAUUGGCUGAUGUGAUGAUGAAAAUGAUUGGCUGAUGUGAUAAUGAAAAUGAUUGGCUGAUGUGAUAAUGGCCAGAACAGAAAGUAGAAUAGAUUUUUGUCUGUGUUCUACUUUCUGUUCUAAAGGACUUUCGGGAUAAACAUAUUUACUCUUUUGGUAUUCAGCUGAAUUUUGUCCCAGAAUGACCUUAGAUCUACUCUGAAUAACCUUCUGAAGUCAAGAAACAAUCAAUUCUUAAGUGUGACGUCAAAUUUUUAAAUUUAAUGGGAACCUGGGUAAAUUUACGUAAUCUUGGUAAGGUGGACAAAUUUGCAUAUAAGUGUAAAUAUGUCUAUUAUCUGAUGUGAUAAUGACCAGAACAGAGAGAAAGCUUUGUGUAAGUGAAGCGCUGACACAUGAUCAGUAUUGGAAUCAGAUUGUAUUUAUAAUAGGUGUCACAUGGUUGUGCUGUAUUGUGAUUAUGUUCAAAUUGACUAGUCAAACAUUUUUUUGUAAGUUUCAUAGUUCAAAACUUUUAUACUGUUAAAUAUUAUAUGAAUAAUAGAUAAUACAUACAGUGGUUACUAGAUGUAAACUAUAUUUGAGUAUGUUCUGUAUGUUAAUUUUUAGAUAUAUUCUAAAUUAUUGAAAUAGUGCCAAUAUUUUUCUGUCACAAGUUAUUCCAUAUUAAGGAUAUAAUGCCAGUAACCGUAGUACUGUGGAUUUAUUAAUAUUCGUGGAAUACCAAUUUUUAUGGAUUUUAUGGGUUUAGGUGAACCACAAAUUUAAAUACUGAACGAAGGUAGGAAUUUUCUAUAAGAUUAUAUGCAGACAUUGACAAACCACAAAAAUAUGAUUUUUCAAAAAUCCCAAAAAUUGGUACCCACGAAAAUAAAAAAAUCCACAGUAACUCAAAAGUAUUAAUUACAUGUAAGUUUAUAAUGUAGUAUAUCUUUUUUAAGAUAUCAAAAACUUACUUAAUUAAUGUAAUGCCAAAUUAAAAUUGUAAUUGACAUUUGAGUAUAACGUCAGUUAAUUAAAUAUUAAUAAAAAAAAUCAUUUUCUCCUAAUAAUGAGGAAGAAAGACAUGUUGGCAUUUUAAAUUUGCAUUAUAAAAUUUAUGUACAUUGUCAUUUACCUGUUUUGUCUUGUGAGUUACCUUUUAAGUGACAGGGCUUAUUAAGAAAAGAUGUCAUUGAAUUUAUCUGUUUUUUGUCCCCUUCAAGAUUUUAUCAUAUCAGUCCACUUCAAAUCAUAUAUUGUCUUAUUGGUGACUCUAGUCAUUACAAAAUGAGAAACAUCAAAUUGGUACUGAAAGUUUGAGAUUAACAUAGGUAAUGAUUAUACCCCCGCUUUACUGAACACUUGUAUGAUUUUACACAUGAUAGCCAAGUUGAAAAUAUUCGUCACAUUUUUCUUAGGAACUACAAUACAAAGAUUUCCGAAAUUUGUUUCAGGAUUUAUAUAAGUCAGCUAUACCGUGUGAUGCGUUUUCAGAUUCAUCACUCUACAACUUCCUGUUUACCGAACACUUGAAUAUUUUUACACUAUUUAUAUUAUCCACUUGCGGCGGGGGUAUCAUCAGUGAGCAGUAGCUCGCAGUUUCACUUGUUAGAAUAUUAAUUAGAAAUUACUAAAAACAAAACAGCUUUGAAAUCAUAGCAUCCAUAUAAGUUUUUAUUUAGAUUUCUAAACUUUUUGUAUCCAUAUUGUAUGGCAUCAUUUCCCAAAAUUUUUAAUGACUGAUGAAACUUGUAUUUAUCUAUUACAAAUUUUAUACUGUUUGAAUCAUAUGACUUAUUGUUAAUUGAUGCAGAUGUACAUAAAUAUGUAUAUAAUUUAAUACAUGUAAAAAUGCAUGUAACUUAGAUCUGCCUAAAAACAUCAAAUGUUUGUAAUGGCAUUAAAAAAUAAAUAGAAUCUCAUUUA